AUGUCAGCACAGUCUAACCCUGUCAUGAAAGAAGCUCAUCGUAUUGCUAAAGCCAACGAUCAGCUUAUCACAAAAAUUGAUACAGCACGAAAGACGAAUGCUCAAAUGCCAACUAUUGAAUACAUCGUUAUAUCGACUCAUUCACCAGAUAGUAAAAAAUUGUCACUGAACGUACGUGAACACAAAAGUAGCAAACCGGCUUCUACCAUUAUUAAUUCAUGGAGGAAUCUUAUUGAAUUAACCGUUAUACCUGAUUUAUUUAAUGAUAACUUGAAUUAUAAGUGCGAAAAAUACUCCGAUCUAGUGCGACUGAACAAAGAAAUGUUUGUCGUCGCACAGAAAUUUGAACUCUUUGGUGAUAGCGCCAGAGCAAAAGCCGAGCUUGAAAAGUUUCUUACAAAUUUCCAGUCAUUACACAAUAACGGUUUUAAACAAGUUGAAAAGCUAUUGGCCGAACCACAUAGUGAUCUACAACAAAUAAGCAAAAAAGUUAAUGAUAUUAAUUGUCAAAUUGAAAACAUGGCAAAUAUAAAUUUGAACACUCGUUUUCAAAGUGCACAAAUUACAUGUGAGUAUUGUGGUAAAGCCGAUACACCACUGACAAGAUACUCAGAUGGUUAUCUUUGUUGCACUAACGGUCCACAUCCAAAUUCAAACGCUUACCAAGGACAGCCUGUAACGGAUACUUACACGUAA